CAGCUUUAAACGCGGGGCGGCGGGCGGCGGGGCAGGCGGCGGCACCAUGCGGCGGGCGCUCGGCAUCCUCGGCUGCUGCCUGCUGCUGCUGCUGCCGCUGCCGCCCGCGGCGCGGGGCUCCCCGCACCGCCUGCGCCGGCAGCCGCGGCCCGGCGGCGGCCUCCCCGGGAGCCAGGCCGCGGCAGACACUGCCUGCAAGAACCGGCCCCUAGACCUCGUCUUCAUCGUAGACAGUUCCCGUAGUGUCCGACCUGAAGAGUUUGAGAAAGUGAAAAUCUUUUUGUCAAAAAUGAUUGAUACUCUGGACGUUGGUGAAAGAACAACCCGUGUAGCAGUCAUGAAUUAUGCUAGCACUGUCAAGGUAGAGUUUCCCCUCCGGACCUACUUUGAUAAAGCAUCUAUGAAGGAGGCUAUAUCUCACAUUGAGCCCUUGUCUGCUGGCACAAUGACCGGCCUUGCCAUCCAAACCGCCGUGGACGAAGUCUUUACUGAGGAAAUGGGCACCCGGCCGGCAACCUUCAAUAUCCCCAAGGUGGUCAUUGUUGUGACAGACGGACGACCACAGGACCAGGUUCAAGAUGUGGCAGCAAGCGCCCGGACAGCUGGCAUUGAGAUCUACGCAGUUGGGGUAGACCGCGCAGACAUGCAGUCCCUGAGGAUAAUGGCCAGCGAACCACUGGAUGAACAUGUCUUUUAUGUGGAGACCUAUGGUGUGAUCGAAAAGCUGACAUCCAAAUUCCGAGAGACUUUCUGUGCUGUGAAUGUGUGUGCACUUGGGACCCAUAACUGCGAGCAGGUCUGUGUGAGUAACGACAGAUCCUACCUUUGUGAUUGCUAUGAAGGCUAUACUCUGAAUCCAGAUAAGAGAACCUGCUCAGCUGUGGACAUGUGUGCACCUGGCAGGCACGAGUGUGAUCAGAUCUGUGUGAGUAACAAUGGAUCCUAUGUCUGUGACUGCUAUGAAGGCUACACCCUGAAUCCAGAUAAGAAAACUUGCUCAGCCACGGACAUGUGCGCACCUGGAAGGCACGAUUGUGCACAAGUCUGUCUGAGUAAUGACGGAUCCUACAGCUGUGACUGCUAUGAAGGAUACACUCUGAAUUCAGAUAAGAAGACUUGCUCAGCUGUUGACGUGUGUGCACCUGGAAGGCAUGACUGUGAGCAGGUCUGCGUGAGAAAUGAUCUGUUCUAUACCUGCGACUGCUACCAAGGCUACACCCUGAAUCCAGACAAGAAGACUUGCUCAAGAACUGAGGUAUGUGCACCAGGAACCCAUGACUGUGAGCAGGUCUGCGUGAGUAAUGGUGGAUCGUAUACCUGUGACUGCUAUGAAGGCUUUACCUUAAAUCCAGAUGAGAAAACAUGCUCAAGAGCCAUAACGAGCAGUCUCGUAACAACUGAAGAGUCAUGUAAGUGUGAAGCCAUAGCUGCCCUGCAGGACUCGGUCACCUCACGCCUUGAAGCUCUGUCCACAAAAUUAGAUGAAGUAUCUGAGAAGCUGCAGGCGUAUCAAGGCAGACAGUAGGUUGUCUGAGCUAUCAUUCUACCUAAUUUUAAAAUAGCCUUUCAGAAGCAGUCCUUUUUAUUGUGUUCAGCAAGCUUUAUUUUGCUGCACAGCUUACAAAUCAACAGUUGGUUUGUUAUUAUUGACAAAUGUCAACAAGACUUCAGGAAGACAACUGUCUUGAAAAUACAGUGACCCUGAGGAUCUUCAUGUACAGUCACUUUAUAACCAUAAAGCUACCUAUACCUGCUGUGCUUCAGUUUGUAGUACAAGUAGUACAGCAGGUACUGCUUUUCUGCAGUAACUGCAUUUUUAUUCUCUUAUUUAAAAGUAAAUACAGAAAAAAUGAAUGGAUACAGUAUAUCACAUUAUAUAAAACUGUGAAAUGGCAAGGCAAGUAAAAAAUGUGCCUAUGUCUUCUGUCCAUUAAAUGGGAAAGUUAGUUGGGGUCUUGUAACUUAUUUUAAUAAAAUAAAGUAUGAUAAGCACACUGAUGUUGGAAGAUUUUUGUAUACAACUUAAAGGAUGUGUUAUGAAAUAAAGGGUUUAACAAAAACAGGGUAGCAAAACCCCAAAGAUAAAGGAGGCACAAAUGGAAGAAAUGCACAGAGUUAAACAGGAUGCUAUCCCCAAGUCACUUAGUUCGAAAAAGAACCAUUUGAUUUUAAAACCUGCAAGUCCUUGUUAAUAUAGAUGAAAGGUUUAAUAGUAAUUUCAAGUAUUAAUAAUGUUGUUUAACACUCAGAAGGAUGAAAGAUGUCCUCCAGUUUAAGGUUUUUAUCCUGCAAGGUUUACUUAUGUUAUUAGUCAGUCAUUCCUGUUGUCAUACCAUGGACUUUACUGAGACUACAUAUGCCAAUUGGGCUUGCAGGAUGAAACACAAAAGCUAACAAUUUAAAAAUUUAAUUAUUAAAGGAAUCCACUUGUUUUGCACACUUGGCAUUUAUAAUCAUCCAAAUGCUUUAGAGACUAUAUUUAAAUAAAUUUGAAGAUGAAGUCAAAA